GUUGACAAUACAUCCACAAAUUUAAAAGUUUUAGAACACCUGUUUGAUUUAACAAAAUAAAUAUGAAAAUUUUCACGUUUAUUAGUUUGUGCUUGUGUCUCUUGAUUGUCAUUUCCCAAACAGAUCCUACAUUUGGAAUUGGUUGUGUGUGCAGCAAAAAUUCAUUUCCAGUUUGCGGAUCAAAUGGAAAAACUUACUACAAUCUGUGUCUGUUAAGCUGCGACCGAAGAUAUUCUCCACAUAUAAGAAUAGACCAUUUCGGAAAUUUUUAUUUGGACACUUUGAAUUUGGCAAACACUUACCCAGCUAGUGGAUAUUGUAAUGUUCUUGCUGGACCAGUUUCACUAUUUUUAAACGAUGCUAAUUCACUAUUUUUGAGAUUUAACAAAUUAAAUAUGAAAAUUUUCUCGUUUAUUAGUUUGUGCUUGUGUCUCUUGAUUGUCAUUUCCCAAACAGAUCCUACAUUUGGAAUUGGCUGUGUGUGCAGCAAAAAUUUAUUUCCAGUUUGCGGAACCAAUGGAAAGACUUACUACAAUCCGUGUCUGUUAAAUUGCGACCGAAGACAUUCUCCACGUUUAAAAAUACACCAUGAAGGAAAUUGUUAACAGGAAGAGUCUAUAAAUCUUAACUAUAGUUUCUGUUACAUAUUAUAUUGAAUAAUAAAAAAUAUAUUUGAGUAUAAA